AUGGAAAUAUUUAAAAUUAGUCAAGAUCAAGAUCGAAUCGAACUAUUUAUGCCUUUUGAGAUCUGCCGAAAUCUUCUAGUAGAUGGUUACUGUCUAAAUAAAGACCAAUCGUGUUCUAAUAUUCAUAUGUGUUAUGAUUAUUUCUAUGGAAGUUCAUGUCAGCAAAUGAAUAACUGUCCAUAUCCCCAUUUCAUCACUAGAAAACUUCAUGCAGAUAUACUUGGACCAUUAAUGAGUCUGGAUUUAGACGCUUUAACCAAAGCUUUUCGAGUUUAUUGUCAAUCGAAAAAACAGUGGAUUAAUCAUUCGAUGUCAAAAGGACAGCAGCAGGUUACAUUGAAUUCAUCGAUGAAUAACAAUAUAACGCCACCACCUUUAAUGGAUACCUGGCGAACGAUAACAGUACCACAAAUCAAUGGAAAUGUAUCAUGGAAAGUAAACGGUCGAUUACACGUGACUUCUAGAACUUAUCAAAAACAGCAAAUAGCACCGGGAAAUUACGACGGACUUCAAAUAUGUUGGAAACCAAAGAAAGACAUACAAACUCAUUUUAUCGAAGUUAUUUUUAGCAAUGAGAAUAAAUCAGACGGAGGUCCAAUCUUAACGCAUCAGAUUCAUCAACAUUUAGGUGUCGCACAGGUAUUCUAUCGGAAUUCAGACGUUGCUGAUCGUGUUGUUCGUCAUGGGCCUGUGACAUUUCAAUCGUUUACGUUCAAUUCUCGACUUCUGCAUCAAAUCAGCGAUGUACGACAUAUUUGUUUUGCUAAUAUAUCUCCUGAGUCCGAGCGUAUUGGGUCGUAUAUCAAUGUUGUUUCAAGGCCGUAUAAAAUAAAUCAAUUUACAUACUAUCAAAAUGAUCCACAGAUGAUUGUUGUUGAAUACAAUGAAGAUAUUGAUUUUCGCAAAAUCUAUUCCAAUGUCCGAAACUAUCCUGAAUGUGAUGGCUCAAUGAUCAAUUGUAUUCAAUUAUACCUUCCCGAAACAUUGCUUAUCGAAUAUGACGAUCACGAUUAUUCCGAAGAUGAUUUUAGACGAUUGUUUGAUGAUCAAGCUGUUUUUCACAUCAAAACAUAUCCACAUUGUGCUUUUGUACAUUUCUAUUCCCACGCUGAUCUUGUACAAUCGUUGGAGAACACUUCUAAUAGUUUCAUUCGAAUGACACCGAUCUAUACGAAUAUAUUUUCAUUGAAUCAUUUGCAUAACUAUUUACAACGCAAAGAAAUGGAACAGCAAACUAAAUCGACACUGAUCACACCCGACGAGACGAAUGAAAUCAUUGCCGAAGAACCACCGAGGGAUGAGUCACCAAGCGAAACUCGACCAUCAGCGCCUAUUCUAACACCACUACUUGCUGUUGAUGAACAAACAGGAACUUCUUCGGAACAAAAAGCAUCGAAUCAACAAGUGCAACAAGCAACUAUUGCUACAAACGUUUUAUCUGACAGUGACGAUGAUUUUCAUGAUUUACCAUCAGAGUUUGAUGACGAAGAUCUAUUACUUGAUGAGUUAGCCGAAAACAAUGGCGAAAUGGAAUUUGUUCGUACUGCUGCGAAAAGUCUUAUGUCGUCAUUAGCCGAAAUGGAAGCUGCGAAUGCAGAAACAACCGCAGAAGACGCACCGCACUCACUCUCAUACGCGGAUGAUUUUCUAAUCACAAUAAAAAAUCGUCGUUUUGCAUUAGCAUUUCUCGAUUACACCCUAUUUCGUAUCGAAAAAAAUAUUAAUACUGAUAAAUUUCGCAUGUUAUUAACAUUGAGAAAGCGAUCACGUCAUAAGAAACGAUCUAAUCUUAAUCAGCAACACGCACAAGCAUCAUCCGAGACCAAAUCAAAGAAAAAACGAAACAAACGCAAUAAGAAGAAACUAGAUAGCGAUCCGAAUCCAACCGAAGAUGACGACAAUGAUUCAACAAUCUGA